AUGAGUGGUCCCGAAUCCAACCCCAUUCCCGAGGUUUUUGAGCUUCGCAAACGCAAGAUCCUUGCAGAACUGUCCAUCCCCGAUGCGGAGUAUACUGAUCUAUCACCGAAGGGGUCGGUCGAUGAAGGUAUCCGUGAGCUAAUCGAUGAUAUCAACACCUUGCCGGGACUGGUGACAACGAGCAGUUGUGCAGGCAGAAUCAGUGUCUUUCUAGAGGGGAGAAAGAAGCAGCAUCAGCCACAACAACAGCAACAGCAGCAACCGUCGUCAGAAGUGCAACAGAGACAGUUCGUACCUUCAGGGGGUAAAGGAGCCGGGAAAUGGCUGUAUGUCUCUCAUGAUCCGUUGAAGGAGUAUGGAGGAAAGCAAGACGGCGGUGAAGAAGAGAACAACAGACCGUUGCAUCGCCAAUUCGGGAUGAUUCCUGGGGAUGGGAAACCGCCCAAGCUGGACCGGACGGGCCAAGCCCCGCGUCUCGUGCGCUUCUCCUACGAGCCCAUGAUCCUCCACAUAAUGGCCGCAACUCUCCACCACGCCAACCCCGUUCUCUCCGCAGCCUCCAGCUCUGGCUUCCGUGAAAGUGGUCUACAGAGCCUCCGGUGUCUGGACACAGAUGACGCCGAUGGCCCCAGCCCCAUCGUUGCCGUCCGCUCCGCCGGUAUGGCCCUGGAGUCAGUCAUCGGGUACUGCGAGGAGGAAGACGACGAGAACGAGUCCGACGCCAACGAGCCCAUCAUCCACAGUCUGGUCACCGAGGAAUACCUCGAGAUGUUGGUCGCCAUCUCGAACGAAAGGUUCGUCGUCAAUUCGGAACGCAAGGAACGCUUCCGCUCCAGUCUGCUGGAGAUCUAUUCGACGGACUAUACGCAAGGCGCGAAGGCCAAGGGUAAGGCGAAGCCAGCGGACUGGGAGGACCCUGCUGCGCGCAGGGAGAGAAUGAGGGCGGAGGGAUUACGCAGGAAACAGCAACUGGAACAGAGUCGGGAACAGGAAGGAAAGCGUGCGGACAGCAAUUUCGAUUUAUUAGAGCCUAACUUGGGGGAUAUCUGA